AUGGCACCAACCAGCUCCGAGGAGAAUCUCCCGAGUCCUAAAGCAGGAUAUUGGAGAUAUGAUAAACGUCGACUUCUUAUUGACAUGCUAGAUGAAAGGGCGCGUGUAUGCCCUGAUGCGUUGUUUGGGGAAUAUCCCAUAUCCUUGAUCAAUUACUCACAAGGCUAUCGCAAAAUUACUUAUGCUCAGUUAGCAAAUGCGGUAAACGGAGCUGCUAAAUUUCUUACCGAGAAGUUGGGUCCUGGAAAAGAUUUUCAGACAUUGUGUUAUAUGGGAUGGAAUGAUUUUCGAUAUGUGGUUUUUAUUUUGGGGGCUGUGAAGGCGGAAUAUAAACUUCUCCUCACAUCACCCCUUCUCACCGCCUCAGCAACCACUCAUCUCUUCACUACCAUGUCUUGCAAAGUGCUCUUAACCACCUCUCCCCAACCUCCAACUGUGGCCCCCGUUGUGAAGCUUCACGAUUAUUUACGUGUUCUCACAAUCCCUUCUAUCGAGGAGCUGCUCGAUACCGCUUAUGAAUAUUUUCCCUAUGGAAAAAUAUUUGAAGAGGCUAAAGGGGAACCAUUAGUUGCGCUUCAUACAUCUGGGACUACUGGACUCCCAAAACCAGUAAUCUAUACUCAUGAUUAUGCGGCUGCUUAUGUACGAGCGUUGCAAUUAGAGCCUCCAGAGGGAUUUGAGUCUUUGGAUAGAAAGAGUGAAGGCGGGAGGGUGUUUUCGCUUACUGCCCCUUUUCAUACUUCAGCUAUCUGCAUUAUGAUUGCAGCAAUAGCAAAUCAGACAACCUACAUUUUUCCGCCCGCGGCCACAAUUCCCACCGCGGCUCUUGCAGUGGAAGGACUCAAACACACGAACGAUGUCGUGGGUAUUCUUGGUGGACCCCCACUAGUAGCCGAUUGUGCUAAAGACUCAGAGCUGCUCGAUUUCUUCGCAAGUCACGUCGGAUUAAUGUGUUAUGGGGGUGGAGAUGUCGCACAAGCAUUGGGAGAUAUCGUUUCUACCAAGCUAGAUCUAUAUACAUCUCACGGAUCCACGGAAUCCGUAAGCUACCCCCUGAUUCGAGAAAUCGGAGACCGGGAACCGAAAGAUUGGAGAUAUUUUCACGCGCAUCCAGCUGCUGGAUUACAGUUUCGACUUCAUCCUGAAGGAGAAAAUCUGCAUGAGGCGUAUAUCGUGAGGAAUCCAAAACCUGAGGAUGAACAACCAGUUUUUAAACUCUUUCCUACGCUUCAGGAAUUUAGAACAAAGGAUCUAUAUUCUCCUCAUCCCAGUAAACCAGAUCUCUGGAUCUAUAAAAUGAGAUCAGAUGAUAUGAUUCCUCUUUCCAAUGGCCAAAUCGCAAAUCCAUCAAUCAUGGAACAUGCGGUCCUUGACUGUACGGGUAUCAAAGAAGCUGUUGUACUCCCUGUCCAGAAGAUCGGCUUAGAGAACUAUAUCACGUGUAUUGCUCUCCUUAUCGAACCUGCUUCUAAAGUGUUAUCUACUGAACAGAAGGAUGAUUUGAUAAAAGAACUUUGGCCGGUUGUUGAAAAGACAAAUUCGUACUACAGAACGAAUGCCUUUGUUGAAAAGAAGCGCAUUUUAUUUGUGGAUCCACGAAAGCCGUUGGCUAGGACGGCGAAGGGGACUAUUAGUAGGAAGAGGGUUUUGGAGGAUUACAAGGAGGAGGUUGAUAAACUUACGUAG